AUGGUCACCCGGGAUCGAGCGGAGAACAGGGACGGCGCCAAGAUGCUGAAGCCGCUGGUGGAGAAGCGGCGCCGGGAUCGCAUCAACCGCAGCCUGGAGGAGCUGAGGCUGCUGCUGCUGGAACAGACCCGGGACCAGAACCUCCGGAACCCGAAGCUGGAGAAGGCGGAGAUUCUGGAGUUCGCCGUGGGCUACUUGAGGGAGCGCAGCCGGGUGGAGCCCCCGGGGGUCCCCCGGUUCCCAGCCCAGGACGCCGAGGCGCUUGCCAGCUGCUACCUGUCCGGCUUCCGAGAGUGCCUGCUCCGCCUGGCGGCCUUCGCCAACGACGCCAGCCCGGCCGCCCGCGCCCAGCUCUUCUCCGCGCUGCACGGCUACCUGCGCCCCAAGCCGCCCCGCCCGGAACCCCGCGAUCCGAGGCCCCACGCCCCGCGCCCGCCGCUGGACCCCGCCGCCCCGGCGCCCGGCCCCGCGCUGCACCCGCUCCCCCCCGUGCACCCGGGCUCCCCCAGCCCCGGGUGCGCCUGGUCCCCGUCCCCCUGCUCCCCCCACGCCGGGGACCCCGGCGAGCCGGCACCCCUCACCGGACUGCUGCCGCCGCGUCCGCCUCCUCACAGACAAGACGGGGCGCCCAAGGCCCCGCCGCCCCCGCCGCCCGCUUUCUGGAGACCUUGGCCCUAA